GGCCGCGCGAGACUUGAACCAGUCGCGUCGUCUGAAAAAUAGUAAAAGUAGAUAUUUCCGGCCGGCUAACAAAGUUCCAAACUUGGCAAAGAUUUUUGACGACUUUUCAGUGAGGAAACCAGUGGGGCACCCCUCUCCAUCACAAUGGCAACUUUAGCGAAACCAAAAUCUGAAAUGACACCGGAAGAAUUGGCAAAGAGGGAGGAAGAAGAAUUUUCCACGGGACCACUUUCCAUCCUGACACAGUCUGUUAAGAGCAAUACACAGGUCCUCAUUAAUUGCCGCAACAAUAAAAAGUUGCUGGGCCGUGUCAAAGCGUUUGAUCGUCAUUGUAACAUGGUUCUCGAAAAUGUGAAGGAAAUGUGGACAGAAGUACCUCGUGCUGGUAAAGGGAAGAAAAAGACUAAGGCAGUUAACAAGGACCGCUUUAUUUCUAAAAUGUUCCUGCGUGGCGAUUCCGUUAUCCUUGUCCUCAAAAAUCCAUUGGCUCAGCAGAAGUGAUCCAUCGCACCACCGUUAUGAUUAUGACCAGCCCUAUGAAACGGUGUUCUCCUUGCUACGACGACACAUUUUUUACAUGGACUACAUUUAUUUAUCUUCGUUCCUGGUUGUUUACUAAUAAAACAUUAUUUUUCAUUUCAACGAA